AUUUGAUCUAUUGUUUGGCCUUUCUGUUUCUAUUGCCCAGACAAGGUAUCAUACAAACACUUUAUAGUUCAGAAAUCAUAUAGCAAAUGAGAGAUUUGAGACUGCAAUGGCCAGAUUUAAGACAUUCUAAGGUCUCACUUGACCUCACCUGACGACAUAGAGAGACCAACUCCAUCAAUGGAAGCUACUAUGACGACGACGAUGACCCUGGUAAUUUUCCCAUUCUUUAUUUCCUCUUUCACAUGUUUUUUAAGAAAAAAUUAUCCUCGCUAUUUUUUGCAGUCAAAUGCGAGCUUGAUCACGUUCUCAGAACCACAAAGGUUUCAACUUUCAAGUGCUUGGUGCUUCAAUCAGGAAGUAGUGACAAAGUGUUUUUUGAUGCAAGUAUUGGAAAUCCAGUGGGAAAGCUUUCUGGGAGGAUUGUCAUAGGAUUGUAUGGUGAUGAUGUGCCCCAAACAGCGGAAAACCGUGCUUUAUGCACAGAGAAGGGCUUUGGCUUCUAAGGAUCCACAUUCCAUCGGUUAUCAAAGGUUUCAUGAUUCACGGUGGGGAAUUUGAUAAAGGAAAUGUGAGUUCUCCCUUCAUAUUGAGACGUAUAAGCAGAAUAUAUUUGAUAUGCCAUCUUAUUGCUCUAAGUAGCGUAUUUUGACCAUUUAUCUUUCAAGAAGAUAUGUUUUAAUAGGUAGCAAGAGGUCAAGAAACCGUGUGCAAAAAAGCUAAAGGUGGCAAUACCAUGAAUACAGUUGAUGGUAUUUAACUUGAGGCUUCUGAAUGCAUUUUAUAUGGCGAUGCUCGAAAUUUGAUACUUUGUGCAGGGAACUGGAGGCAAAAGCAGAUAUGGGCGUACAUUUAAAGAUGAAAACUUCAAGUGUAAGUUGAUCCUUCCUUAGCCUUGUCGUUUGGUUGGGGCUCAGUAAUACCCCUGCAUGUUAUUUUCUGCCUAAAAAGUAAUGAGAAUAGGAACAUCUGCCUAUGAUUUAUAUUGCAAUCAGAGUUAAGAAAGAAUAUUCUUAAGCUUCCAUUAUUCUUUUCUGUGGUCACUUUGUUUGUGUUAUUGUUUACUUAUCUAUCCAUCUUACCUGGAACUCUGAAGUCUAUAAUGUCUUGUACAGUGCAUCAGGUGAGCUUCCAAUAUCUGAAGCUUGAUCUCAUCAAUGAUGCCUUUGCAUGAUUCCCCCCUUUCGGAACUUGGGACUAUUUUACCAGGUUGAAAAUGCUUUUUUUGAAAUGAAUUUGUUGCCGUUCCAUCUAUAGUUCUUCAUGUCUUUUGUACUGGGAAUAGGAAUCAAGACAAUAAAUACAAUUUUCUUUCUUCUGUUG